CCGGGCAUAAAUCAAUUGAAGAGGCGUCGCCGACAAGUCCGGUUGAUUUGCUGUUGUGCUGUGUCUCCGUGUUACUGAGGCCUAACAUCAUCGCAAUGGAUAUUGAUCUGACUAACGUGCUGGACCUGGAGGACUGCGAUGUCCUCAUGGAGCGAGAAGAAGCGGAGCAAAAGUUUGCUGAGAAGAUGAGCUCGGUCGUAGCCGUGGCUGGGACGUACAUACGGGAGAAGAACACGAUCGUGAUCGCAGCUAUCUGCAAGGACCCCGAGAACGUGGUCCGUGAGAAGCUGGACGAUUAUCCUGAGGAUCCCAUCGACCCUCGGGAACUGAAGGAUCUAAAGGACCUUAUGGACUUAAAGGAUCUUAAGGAUUUCAAUGAGUUGAAGUACUUGAAGGAUGUUAAGGAUCUGAAGGAUUGGAAGGAGUCCAAGACUCUGGAGCUGCCGCGCAAAGACAAGAAGAAUGAGUAAUCAUUUAACGACCUUGUAUUCAUGCAGCGCAUGAAUUCGUAUGUGUGUGUGAUCUCUUCUCUAUCUACCCCUUCUAUCGUAUAUUUCCUAUUCCAUUGACAGAGUUAAUAAUUGAGUAAGACGACAGUCUUUGUACUAAUACGCUCAACGUCUUUACAUUAUGUAAACGAAUUUUGAAUUAAGAACAAGACCUUAACUCUGUCCCCAAACUUUCUACAUUCUUGAUGGAACGCCAGAUCUUGAUGUAUGUGUGUUUUAGUAUUUAAGUGUGUGACAUGUGUUAUUUUGUUUAUGGCAUAUCAGGCCAACGUAUGUACAAGACUUGUAUUUAUUUCAAAUGAGUACUAUUUUUAUAUUGAUUAUUUUACAUUGUGUUAUUAACUCUACAGGGUCGAAAAGAUAUUUUUCAUUUAAGAUCAUUCUUUGUAAUAUUUUUAGAUCGAAAAUGAACUUUGUUUUUGAGUUAAACCAUGUAUCAAGAUGUACUCUUCACUUUUGACACUUU